AUGACAAAACCAGAUUUUUCAUUUGAAACAACAGAAAACAAAGAGGAAAAAUAUCGUGCUGGUACAAUCAAGGUUGGAAACAAAACCUAUGAAACCCCAUCACUUAUUUUAUAUACAAAAGAAGGUAGUCCAGUUAAUUUAACCAAAGAUUUAUUAAAUAACUUGCCACACGAAAAAACACAUUCAUUACAGUUAUUAUUUUCAGAUUUAUAUCAAUUUAAAGAUGUUUUGGAGAAAUUUGGUAAAGGUUCACAUGAAUUUUUAAGUUUACAAGAACAUUUAUUAUUUUUAUUAAUUAGAGAUUCAAGCUAUUUCAAUGAGCAAGAGUUUGGAGAGGAUUCAAUUUCAGUUACAACCAGAAAAGGCAAAACCAAGGUUACAAUUGAUGAAUAUAUUAAGGUUGUCAAAAUGGUCAAACCUGAUGUUGUUACCACUCUUUCUUUAGAUUUAGCUUGGGAGUCUUCAAAAAAAAGAGCAGUUAGAAUUUCAAAUGCUACAAAUCAAUGGUUAACCAAAUUUAUGGAGUCCGAUGUUUCUAACUAUACAAAUACAUUUGGUGUUGUUCAAGGCGGUAAAUAUGAUGAUCUAAGAAACAAAUCAAUCGAAGAGUUAUUAAAAUAUACAGAAAAAUUAAGCGGAUAUAUACUUUCAGGUUUUGGUACUGGUGAAACCAAUAAAGAAAGAAACGAAGUAAUUAAAAACACCAUUGUAAGUAUUUUUUUAUUAUUAUUUAUUAAUUCAUUUGGCAGAGCUAUAGUAAUACUAAUCAUUUAUUAUCAAUUCACUUUAUUAGAGCAAAUUACCAAAUAA